CACCCAAAAAAAAAAUCAAAGCCCAACGCGGCGAAGAGGAGAGGUGGGAGAGAGAAAGUUCUCGAGCUCGACGAGCGCCGCGCGAGGAGAGAGAAGGGAGAUGAGCGGCGAGGCAGCGGCCGUCGGCGGCGGCGGCGGCGGCGGCGGAGGGGAAGCGAACGGCAUCCCGCCGAACGUCACCAUCUACAUCAACAAUCUCAACGAGAAGAUCAAGCUUGAAGAACUUAAAAAGUCCCUCAACGCUGUUUUUUCCCAGUUUGGGAAGAUUCUUGAUGUGCUUGCUUUCAAGACUCUGAAGCAUAAAGGCCAAGCUUGGGUUGUCUUCGAAGAUGUUGCAUCAGCAACUGAGGCUAUAAAGAGGAUGCAAGACUUUCCCUUUUAUGACAAACCUAUGAGAAUUCAAUAUGCCAAGACCAAGUCGGAUAUUGUAGCAAAAGCUGAUGGCACCUUUGUGCCUCGAGAAAGAAGGAAGAGGGUUGAUGAAAAACCUGAAAAGAAGCAGAAGCGCGAGCAGCACCAUGAUGCUAGUCAAAUUGGCAUGGGUGUAAAUGCCUACCCUGGUGUUUAUGGGGCUCCUCAGCUUACCCAGUUACCUAUAGCUGGCGGACAGAGGGUCAUGAUGCCAGAGAUUAUUGUACCGAACAACAUCCUCUUCGUCCAAAACCUGCCACACGAGACGACCCCCAUGAUGCUGCAAAUGCUCUUCUGCCAGUACCCUGGCUUCAAGGAGGUUCGGAUGGUCGAGGCGAAGCCCGGGAUCGCUUUUGUGGAGUAUGGAGACGAGGCCCAGGCUACCGCUGCCAUGACCCCGCUUCAAGGCUUUAAAAUUACAAAAGAGAACCAGAUGGUCAUCACUUACGCGAAGAAGUAGCGAACUCACGAGCUGUAUUGACUUGAUUGAAAUGUUGUAUCUGGAAUUUUGCACAAUUGGUAGAUCCCCUUGGCUUGUUAGGUAGACUGCAUCUUGGACCAUCUGUUACUUGUACCGCUUAGUUGCGGUUAUGUGCCACACUGCCACUUCAGCAACAGAGAUGAAAUGGAAACUGCUUUUUUUCGCUCUCAUGCAA